AGUUUUUGUAGAUAUCUACUUCUUCGUGCUGUUUUGUUGUUAGGUAGCUAAUUGUUUCUUUCGAAAAUGUUUUCAACGUAGACUAAAGCUUAACAGAUUUGCGUCUUCUAAUAUAUUUCAAUCCGUUUGAAUUCUAUGUAUAAAAUUGAUUUCUGUGAAUUUCCCGACUUUCUAAUAUUGCAAGAGAUAUUUUAAAAAAUAGUUAUAUCUCCAAAUAUAAAGAAGUGAAAUCCGUAACUUGGUGAAAAUGGCGUUAGAAUUGUGUUCUCAAGACAGUCAUUGUGAUGAUGAUAAAAUUUGUAUAAAUGGAUCUUGUGUUUGCCAUCCGAUUUAUUUUAAUAACAAUGGAAGCUGUUUAAUGUGUCCAGAAUUCCAAGAAUCAUGCAGUUUUGAAAAAUGCUGUUUCCGAAGUAGUCUUGGAUGCAUUCGAGACAUUUGUAGGUGUUUAAAUGGAGCGGACACAGUAACCUGUACUUAUAAUGGGCCAGGCUUCCCAAUGUACGUCUCAGCAUCACAGAUAGCUCUCUCAGCUGCCUUAAUAAUGGGAAUGGCAGCCUUGACGAUGGUUGUUUAUAGACUUUGUACAAAGCCAAGAUAUUUAAGUGCCCGACAAAGAGCUCUAGCAUCCCAAAUGGGAUUUAAUAUCGAAAAUGAAAACCUUAGCUAUGCAACCUAUUUACGAGCCUCCCUAACAUCUAUGCAAAUAAGAGUCUUAACACGUUUGCGUGAUAGACCACCAACUUAUGACAAUCGACCAGCUCCGAUAGCUCUGCCAGAUGCACCGCCACCUUAUGAAGGAACUUCGGAGGGAAUUGCAUUACCGCCGCCUUAUAUUGAAGUUGUCGUCAGUUCCACUGGUUACGCGAAUUCAACAUUCAUCAAUACUGAGCCUGAAGGUCAACAGCAAACCAAUCGAAGCGCAGUUUGUCCAAAUUGUGAUACAAGCCAACAGAGGAGGAUUGAGAUUAAUAAUGCUAACUGUGAUAAAGAAAACAAAACAGAUUCUUCAACAAAUGACAAAAUUGAAAGUCGUGAAGAAAAUCAAAUAAACAUUUAGCUAGUA